AUGAGACUCGAUAUCAAAAAAAAGCUGUCGGCGCGGACAGACCGUGUAAAGUCGCUGGACAUGCAUCCCACUGAGCCGUGGGUGCUGGCGUCGCUGUACAGCGGACAGGUGUACAUCUGGAACUACGAGACGCAGACGCAGGUGAAGACGUUUGAGGUGUGCGAUCUGCCGGUGCGUGCGGCAAAGUUCAUUGCGCGCAAGAACUGGAUCAUCACAGGCUCCGACGACAUGCAGCUGCGUGUGUACAACUACAACACGCACGAGCGCGUUGCAGCAUUCGAUGCGCACCAGGACUAUAUCCGCUGCAUUCGCCGUGCACCCGACGCUGCCCUGUGGGACUGGGAGAAGAACUGGAAGUGUGUGCAGAUGUUCGAGGGUCACUCGUACUUUGUCAUGGGCCUGUCAAUCAACCCCAAGGACACCAACACAUUCGCGUCGGCCAGCUUGGACAAGACCAUCAAGGUGUGGAACCUCGGCUCCCCUGUCCCCAACUACACGAUCGAGGGCCACACCAAGGGGGUCAAUGUUGUCGACUACUACCACGGCAACGACAAGCCAUACCUUGUUAGCGGUGCGGAUGACUUUUUGGCCAAGGUCUGGGACUACCAGAACAACUCGUGCAAUGUGGUCGCCGUUGCGUACCACCCGACCCUGCCGAUCAUCAUGACGGGUAGUGAGGACGGCACAGUGCGCGUGUGGAAUUCGAGCACGUAUCGCCUCGAGACGACGCUCAACUACGGCAUGGACCGCGUGUGGGCCAUCAGCUACAGCCAGAACAACAACACGGUUGCGAUCGGCCACGAAGAGGGCCUGGUUGUUCUGUCGCUGGGCCGCGAUGACCCGGCUGUCAGCAUGGAUACCAACGGCAGGAUUAUCUGGUCCAAGCACAACGAGAUUCAGAGCUCCAACAUCAAGUCCAGCAUGGACUCGGGAGUUGAAGACGGCGAGCGUCUGCCGCUGUCGGUCAAGGACCUCGGCAGCUGCGAGGUGUAUCCAUACACACUCAAGCAUAGCCCCAACGGCCGCUUCGUUGUCGUGUGCGGUGAUGGCGAGUACAUCAUCUACACGGCGCUGGCCUGGCGCAACAAGUCGUUUGGCUCCGGACUGGAGUUUGUCUGGGCGCAGAACUCCAACGAGUACGCAGUGCGCGAGUCGUCGUCGUCGAUCCGCCUGUUCAAGAGCUUCAAGGAGCGGUCGCGGCCAGCCGCAUCGGCGCUGGUCAGCCUGGGGUACUCGGCCGAGGAGAUCUUUGGCGGCAGCCUCCUUGGAGUGCGUGGCUCUGGCGGCACUCUGACGCUGUACGACUGGGACACAGAGCUGAUUGUGCGCCGGAUCGAUGUCGAGCCCAAGAACAUCUUCUGGUCGGAGAGCGGCGAAUUCUUUGCUGUUGCGACCGAGGAUUCGUACUUUGUGCUGCGCUAUAACCGCGACGCGUUCCUCGAGUCUGCGCAGCAGAACGGCAACCAGACCAGCGAGGAGGGUGUUGAGGAGGCAGUCGAGUUCAUUACUGAGAUCCAGGAGACGGUCAGGAGCGGGUGCUGGAUCGGCGACUGCUUCAUCUACACGAACUCAGCCAACCGCCUCAACUACCUCGUCGGUGGCCAGGUGUUCACGAUCUCGCACUUUGAUGCGUCGAUGUUCUUGCUCGGCUAUGUUGCGCGCGACAACCGCGUCUACCUAGCCGACAAGGAUGUCAACAUUGUCAGCUACGUCCUGCCGCUGCCGGUGAUCGAGUACCAGACCGCUAUCCUGCGUGGUGAUCUCGAUGCUGCAGCCGAGCUGUUGCCGUCGAUUCCCAGCGAACAGCGGCCCAAGAUUGCGCGCUUCCUUGAGGCCGAGGACAUGAAGGAGCUGGCGCUCGAGGUCACCACCGACGCCGAGCAGCGCUUCGACCUGGCUGUGCAGCUGAACCACCUGGACAUUGCUUACCAGCUGGCCGAGGAGAGCGGUGCUGAGGCCAAGUGGCGCAUCGUCGGCGACUGUGCCUUGAACACAUGGAACUUUGAGCUGGCCGAGAACUGCAUGGUCAAGGCCAAGGAUCUCAGCGGCCUGCUGCUGCUGCACACUGCGUCGGGCAACGCCGAGGGCAUGGCGCAGCUGGCCAAGAUGGCCGAGGAGGCCAACGCCACCAACAUUGCGUUCGCGUGCUACCAGUCGCUGAAGCAGAAUGACAAGUGCCUGGAGCUGCUGCUGCACACCGACCGCAUCCCCGAGGCGGCGCUCAAGGUCGGCGAGGUUGUGCCCAAGUGGAAGGAGCUGCUCGAGGAGGCUGGCAAGCACAAGGCUGCCGAGGCAAUUGCUGACCCGAACAAGUACGCCAACCUGUUCCCCAAGUUUGAGCAGGCCCUGACCAUCGACCCGGUGCAGCCGCUGGCAGCUGCCGGCGAGUACCCGGCGCACAAGGACGACUUGUUGCGGGAUCUUCUGAGCCAGGAGAGCCCUGCCACACAGCCAUCGCCAAUGGUUGCUGAGGCUGACGAGGCUGAGGCCGAGGCUGAGGUUGAGGUCGAGGCUGAAGUCGAGGCUGACGAUGACGACGAGUUCCACGAAGCCAGCCCUGCCGAGGAGGACAAGGAGGAGGAUGAGGAGUAA